AUGGACCAGGUGGACUUUGUGAUUAGAAAUUAUAUUCAAAGACUGGUGCGAAGGUCAUUACCUUCUACUGAUGGUAGAAUUCUUCGUACUCUAUCGCAGGACAUCCAUCAGGUAGUAAUAAAUAAUGAAGGUGAGCAAGACGGGGAACAGAAAAUGAAGUACUUGAAGAAAAAGUAUGAGUUUGAGAUACCAGGUGCAAGAUUAAGUUCACUUCUUCAAACUGUAAUGGACUUGAUGGCUAUCAAAAAUAAGGAUAAUCUUGCAAGCUAUCUCAUUACGUUAGAUUCACGUGUUGCCGCUGCUACAGCUAUAUCACCUGAAAUUUCUGAUGAGGCAAUCACUAAAAGUACAUCAUUAAAUGGAACGAACACAUCAAUGACCACAACAUUUCCUUCGACGGUUAAUUCUAAGAAUAGCCUUGCAGAUCGAUUAAAACCCUAUGAUAAAGAAAUAGGGAAUGUUGAUGAAUCAGUUCUCGUACAUAGUCUUGAGUAUGCGUUGACGGGAUCACCAUCUGAUUUAUUUCCAUUUGAGGGUGACAAAGUGAAAGUUCCAACAACACUUAAUUUUGGAAUGGCCGGAUUAGUGUAUCAAAUACUCGAGCCCUGCCUCAUAUUUAGAAGGUUAACAAGGACUUGUUCUCAAGAAGAACGUUUACCACAAGGAUCAAAAAUAUCAGAUAUGACGGAAACAAGAAUUGCAUUUCUAAGUGCUCUUCAGGAUGAGCUUUUAAAGUAUUCGGGGUAUAUUAACGAUACGGUAAGUCCGUUUUUUAUAGAUGAUUCAAACAACAAUCUUACUUUGAGAAGACUACAUUUACUACUCUCCGAUUGGAUUAUGAAGCUCAGAUUUUUGAACUAUUUAGAGUUAUCGUCUAAGAAAUUAUUACCCAAUGAAUUUAUCUCGCUGCUAUAUCGAACUUGCACCCAAGGUAAUUCAAUGCUGGCAGAGGUUUCAAAAUAUUUCUUUGAAACAUGCUUGAAGCCAUUUGUCUCAGCAUGUCGUGAAUGGUCUUUAUUGGGGAAGUUGGAAGCAAUUGAUACAAAGAAGGAGAACUUUUUUAUACAAUUGAGUGGAAACAACGACGAAAACACAAUAGACAGGGUUGCUUAUCUUCGUGCAAAUGUACCAGCAAUAUUUACAAAGAAACAGUCUUUUAUGAUCUACCAAAUCGGAAAAACAAUAUCAUUUUUGAGGCGAGAUUGUCAUGAACUAAAGUGGUGUGAGAAAUUUAGGGAGCGUCACAUGCUGACCGAAUCGGAUUUGUAUGCAUCAAAUUGGAAGUUAGAUGUUGCAUACAGAGAAGUUACAAAGUACUGCUUUCAAGAUGUGCUUGGUAGGAAAUAUAAUUUGAUUCCGGAAAUGAUUAGAUUGCACAACUUCUUACUUAUGUACCAGGGAGACUUUAUUGAUUCAAUUCUUGAAAAAGGACUCACGAUCCUAAAUCAAUCGUCAAACGCAUUAUCAUCACAUGUGCUUUUGGGUAUUCUACAGGAUUCAAUCGAAAAUACUAGUGUACGAGACAAAUAUCCACCGGAUGUCAUAAAUAGAUUGGAUGCGCGUGUUUUAGAUCUGAAAGGAUACGGUACAGUUGGCUGGGAGAUAUUUACGUUAGACUACGAUUUAAAAUUUCCAUUGAACAAGCUUUUUGAGUCCCAGCAUAAGGAGUAUCUUCGGAUGUUUAAUUUUAUGUUGAAGCUGAGACGCCUUAGCUAUUUGCUUAAUAGAGGCUGGACGGAAUCAAAUAGUUUAGAGAGGCGAUCUAUCAGACAGCUCGCAAAGAGGAGUCGAAAUGAUAGAAGAAAAAGGAUGGACACUAACGAGGAUAACGACAUUGGACCGGUAGAGGCCAGAAGACUAUGGAUUUUGAAAACAUUCAAGAGAUUAAAUGUUCUCAGAAACGAAUUCAUCAAAUUUAUGAAUGUUCUGGUAGCUUACCUGGACAACGAAAUAAUCGACAGGAACUUUUUGAAGUUUAUUAGCAGUUUAAAGUAUGGAAAAUCAAAUACCUUUAUGUCCCAGUUGGGUCAGGGUAAUAUCACGAAAUCGAAACUCAUACUUCUUAAGACAAUGAAAAUGCAACCAAUGUGUGACAUAUUUAAUACGAGAGUUGCAGAUAACGAGGAGGAGGGAGAGGAAUACAACUUGGAUGAUUUAGUGGAAUUACACAGUUCAUACUUGGAGAAGAUCAGCAGAUGCAAGAUAUUAAACAACAACAGCAAACGAAGUAUAGGGAAAAAGACCGGUCAAUUCUACGUGGAUCAGAUAAAUAUGUUUCUGGAAAUUAUGAGCAAAUUUGUUGGAAUCAAUGGCGAGUUCAAUUCUUUACUAGUUGAGAUGUUGUCAAUUGCAAGUGUUAGUCGAAAAGGAGAUACAAAUAUGGAUAGGUAUAACGAUUAUCUUAACAGGAUAGACGAUAAGCUUGAUCACCUAACUCAAAGCUUAACAUCGGACAUCAUCAACAGGUUUGAAGAUAGUCUGGAUGGAUUCACUAAAGAUCUUUGUGCAGAUCAUGACAGUGGCCUUCGUUACUUAGGAUUGAUGCUCAGUAAUUGA